AAUCCUCCGCAUGCGUGAAGCGAGCUUGUGCCAAAGGCUCAAAACCAAAGCGCCAUCUGUCCGCGCCACAGACUUCUGUGACGAGCGCACGAGGACCGCAUCGCACCUUUUUACGCACAGCGCGUAAAGUCCACCCGAGUCUGAGCGGCUCCUGGUGCCCGUGUGAUGGUUUGAUGCCCGACGUACCUCUGCAUCCACAUCGAGGUGGACUCACGCGUCUCCAGACCUCCAGAGCUGGAUGAGCUCUCGCCUCCGCCGCGCGUAAAACCAAACUCAGAGCGCGGUCCUUUCUUUUUUCUUCCAUCUGGGAUAUUUGAGCGGACAGAAGAAGAUGGGGACAUUCACCGCUUCUCCGGAGCUCAACCAAACUUUGGGGGAUUGGACGGACUACAGCCUCCAGUACAAAGUGACGAGCAUACUGCUGCUUCUCCUCAUCUGUCUUCUGGGCAUCGUGGGGAACGUGAUGGUGAUCCUGGUGGUGCUCACCACCAAACACAUGAGGACUCCCACCAACUGCUACCUGGUGAGUUUGGCCGUGGCGGAUCUGAUGGUGCUCACGGCGGCCGGGUUACCCACCAUCACGGACAGUGUGUUCGGUUCCUGGGUGUUCGGACACUACGGCUGCCUCGGCAUCACCUACCUCCAGUACCUGGGGAUCAACGCGUCCUCCUGCUCCAUCACCGCCUUCACCAUCGAGAGGUACAUCGCCAUCUGUCACCCCAUCAAAGCCCAGUUCCUCUGCACGUUGUCCAGAGCCAAGAAGAUCAUCCUGUGCGUGUGGGCCUUCACGUGCCUGUACUGCGUCAUGUGGUUCUACCUGUCGGACAUCCAGGAGCUGGUGUACGACAACAUCACCAUCACCACCUGCGGCUACAGGGUCUCCAGGAAGUUCUACCUGCCCGUGUACUUCUUCGACUUCGGCGUGUUCUUCGUGGUGCCGCUGCUGCUCUCUGCGGUUCUGUACGGACUCAUCGCCCGGAUCCUGUUCCUCAACCCGCUGCCCUCCGACCCCAAGGACAAGAAGAAGAACGGAGCCAACGGCCACAACCACCGGAGCGUGAGCUGCAAGAACUCCAGACACUCGAGCUCCACGGCCACCUCCCGCAGACAGGUGACGAAGAUGCUGGCCGUGGUGGUGCUCCUGUUCGCCGCGCUCUGGAUGCCCUACCGCACCCUGGUGGUGGUCAACUCCUUCCUGGACCGGGCCUACCUGGACAACUGGUUCCUGCUCUUCUGCCGGAUCUGCAUCUACCUCAACAGCGCCAUCAACCCGGUCAUCUACAACGCCAUGUCGCAGAAGUUCCGCGCCGCUUUCCGCAAGAUCUGCCGCUGCGGGGGGAAGGGCUCCGACAAGCCCGCCGCCUACAGCAUGGCCCUCGCCUACAGCGCCGCCAAGGACACGUCCAUGGUGGAGAGCACCGACCACUUCACCACGGAGCUGGAGGAGCUCACCGUCACGGACGAACUGCUCUCAGAUCAGAAGAUGAUGUAUCCCAGUCCCUGCGUGUACAGGGAGGUGAACUUCAGCGACGCCUGAGGCUCGUUUGAGGCCAGAGGGACGAUUCCGAGGAUCAACCCACGAUGAAAAAGUCUCUUAAUGGAGUCCGCUCACUGGGAGUACUGGUCCUUGAGUGCCUGCUGACCUUUUGAAAGGCAGGUUGCUGUAGCUAGAGAUGUAAACGAAGAUUACAGACACUGAUGCAUGUCUCCGAGGCACAGAGCCUGUAGAAUCAAACAUGACAGAUAAGUGCUCUUUCGUUGCACGGCUGUCAUCUUGUCUCGCGGCUGACCUCGUGAUCUAUUUGUAAUGAGCCAACGAAACAGAGCCGUGAACAAAUGCAUCUCCCUCACCUCAGAUAUAUGUUGUUGUGUCACACUCCGGAGCAGCAGAGUCUUUUUCCAACGAUUCUCCAACUCUUUGACACAUUAAGUGAUGUGACAGGUCGGUGAGGCCUUAACGCCAAAGGGAAACAAACACAUGACAUAAAAAAAAAAGAUCAAUGCCGACACAUCUGGCCUGGAUUUAGUCUCUGUACCAUUUCCAACCAGGGAAAAUUCACCCUCACCAUGUGCAGCUGUUAUAAGCGAGUGUCCUCCUGCUCUCCCACUGUUCUCAGGGCCUGCGCUCCAUUCAGGUUUUGAUUCACACCUGAUCCUUCAUUCACAAAACAGGCCCUGAGUUUUAUUGUGAAGGUCCUGAAUGCAGCCGGGAGCACAAUGUGAAAACCAACAGAGGCUCUGACGAGUGGACUUUCAUCCACUGUCGGUGAAAAGAGUGUACGAAGGACUUUGUUACUUAAAUAUAAAAAAGUGCCAAAAAAUGAAGCUUGAUAUUUGCUGCUUCGGCUGCCAACGUCUGUGGUGCACGUUCUUUAUCAAGAGGUUGUAAGUUAUCAGUAGUUUGUAGGAACAAGCUUUGAGUUCUUGGUGUUUUAAUCAUGCAGCCUUUCAAAGGAAUAUGAUUUUUUUAAAUAAAACUAUUAUCACAGUAUUUAGAGACUAAGAUCUGCUGCACACAGAUUGUACAUAUUUCUCGUUUACACCAAAACUAGCACAAACAUCCUUAUAAGGAACAUAAACCCACAAAAAAAUUGGGUCAGCACCGUAAGCUGAGAAGUUCUCUCACUUUGCCAAAUCACCGCGUUCAUCCCGGUGUCACGUUCACUGCUGAUUGGCAUCGAUUGUAUUGGCCUGGUGGUCAAAAGCUGAAACUGCGGCCUCCGUCCAGUACACAACUGUCCAUCCAGUAAAAGAUCUGUGACGAACAACCCAAAGCACAAUGUGAUGUCCUGAAGACAAUUAGUCCUCCAUGUCUCCUAAUGUCCCAACGUAUUACCCCAUAGACAGAAGAAAGACGCCUUGCUACAAAAAGGUUUAAGAUUCUCGUCAGAGCAGCAGCUUGAUUCUAUUUAUUGUUUCCAGUGUGAGAGUCUGUAUAUAUUGUUCCAGGGAGUGAAUCACGAGUCACUGUAGAUGACAUAUCUGUGUUCUUAUCUUUCAAACUGUGGAUUUGACAAGCGGUGGCUUCGCUUGUGGAAGUCGCCGGUGAGCAGAGCUGCUAACUCUUCUGUUUGUUGAAAAGAGAAGUUUGAUGUCGAUUCAAAUAAAAUCAUGAUUAUAAAAAAUAAAAACAUGUUAAAAAGUAAUUCAUAUAAAAGUACACAUUGUAAGUAACUUGACAACUUGUUAAAAGGACAUUUAAAAGAAAAGGAAAUUAAAAAUAUAAAUAAAAAAAACUUGCAUAAAAACUGAAAAGAGUGGGAGCAAAUGCAAACUGUAGUUAAAGGCUGAAGUAAAAUUAUCUUAAUUCUUUAUUGAUUGUCCAUCGAAACAUCAUAAAUAUAAUUUUGUGAUGCUCUUUGUGGAAACUGCUGCUUUGGAUUAAUGUGAAGCUGUGAAUAUUUUGAUGUUCGUCUUGAAACACCUCAUUUGUACAUUUUUAUCUUUAUGUUCCAAAUAAAGAUC